AUGGCCGUUCCAGACGACAGGCCAGCAUAUCUGACCUCCAAUAAUGCCAAAUACUCCCUCGGUAUACAUCGUGGCCCGUUAGUUUCCAAAAAUGUCGACGAAGGCUCUCAACUCGCUCAGGUCGAGUCGGCCGGUGGUUUGUCAUUGGAGACGAGGAAGUUGAAAGCCAGUGAAAAAUUUCAACGCCAUUGGAAGCGAUUCUGGUGUCUGCAUCUCUUGGUGACUAUUAUUUUCCUGGCUAUUUUCCUGCCAGUCUUUUUCCUUGUCGCCAUCCCUGCUAUCUCGCAGAUGGUCGUCAACAAGUCCAAUCUAGUCCUGGUCAAUGCCGCGGUGUUGAACCCGCGACCGAAUGUGAUUUCGUUGACCCUGGAGUCGGCACUGGAUCUUAAGAUCGCGCUGCCAGUGCGCAUUGAGCCAAUUACAUUGGAUUUGUUCGUUCGCGAUGCCGGCGCAAGUAAUGCCUGGGGCGAGACUACCAUUGACGGCAUGGUCAUUAAGGGCAAUUCCACCCUCGGCGUGAGCAAUGUCGAAACACCGUUAACCAAUCUCACCACCUGGGUGGAAUAUGUGCACAAUGUCGUGAACGACAAAGAAACCCCGCUGUCUGUCAGGGGUGUGACGAAUUCAUACUUGGGAGUCCUUAAGUCCAAAGUCACAAUGGACAAGGAUAUCACAUCACCAGUCCUGAACCAAUUCAAAGGCUUCAGCAUCUCCAACAGCGGACUCACCCCUAAGCUCGACGACGGUUCCAACCUAAUUGGAAACGCAACCCUCCCCAACCCAUCGGUCCUAACUCUGGACCUGGGCACCAUCAUCCUCGAUGUCAAAAGCGGCGAUCUGGUCAUCGGCAACGCAACUCUCAAGGACGUGACCCUCUACCCAGGCUCAAACACCUUCCCCCUCACCGGUGUCCUGGACCUCAACACCAUCCUCCACAAUUUGGGCAAAGUGCUUGCUUCACAGGCAUCAGCUCUCAAGAACGGCACUCUGGCUCUGGAUACGGUGACGAGGAGCAUUACCUGGAAUGGGACGCUCGUUCCGUACUAUACAGAAAUCAUGUCCGGUCUGACGCUGACGGCCAAUGUGGCCAUUGCUGAUCUGCUCAAGAAUACGAUUCACAACUUCCUCAGUUCUAAUAGCAGCCUUACCGAUGCUCUCGGUGAUGCGAGUGGACUACUGGGUAGUCUGAAUCUGACGGAUAGUGCUGGGGCGAGUAAUACCGCGAGUGCGGCGUUGGCAGAGAGCUCCAAACUUGCUGCUAUGAAGGCUAAGCUGAAGAGCAAUGUUGCUGUCAGAGAUAUUUUCAAGGAUCAUCCCAUUAAGAGGGAUAUGAUUCUUGAUUCUUUGGCCGGGAUGUAUAUGAAGCUGUGA